CACUCGCGCUGGGCCGCCGGCGCUACACUACGUAGCAGCUAGUUCUUCCCGAGCUCUCGCCAUGGCCUCCGGCGAGCAGCAAGAACACGCAGCGGCGGCGGCGCUGCUCCUCCAACCCAAGGUAGAAGGAGGAGGAGGAGAAGCAUACGCUAUGGAUGGGUCUCUUGACAUCGAUGGCAACCCGGCGCUGAAGCGUCACACUGGAGGAUGGAGAGCAUGCCGCUUCAUUCUUGGCACGGAGUUGUGCUACUGCUUGGCCUACUACGGGAUCAAGUACAACCUCGUCACCCACCUCGCCACCGAGCUGCACCAGAGCAAUGUCGCCGCCGCCAAGAACGUCUCCACCUGGCAGGCCACCUGCUUCCUCACGCCGCUGGCCGGAGCCGUCGUCGCCGACUCCUACUGGGGGAGGUACCGCACCAUGGUCGCCUCCUGCUGCGUCUGCGUCGCCGGCAUGCUCAUGGCGGCUCUCUCGCCGCUGCUGCUGGUGGUUCCAGCACAGGAGCUCGUCUUGUUCGCUGGCCUGUACAUGAUCGCCUUCGGGGUUGGCGGGCUCCGGCCGAGCCUCAUGUCUUUCGGCGCCGACCAGUUCGACGCCGGCGACCCGUCGGAGCGCGUGAGCAAGGGGUCGCUCUUCAACUGGUUCAUCUUCACCAUGAGCUGCGGGGCAGUGGCGUCCACCACCGGCGUGGUGUGGGUGCAGGACCACUACGGCUGGGAGCUGGGCCUGGGGAUUCCGGUGAUCGUCCUCGCCGCCGGGCUCUGCUGCCUCUUCGCGGCGUCGCGGGCGUUCAGGUUCCAGGCAACCCGUGGCGGCGGUGACCCGCUCACCAGAGUCUGCCAGGUCGUCGCCGCCGCCGUCUGCAAGUUCAACGUCGCGCCGCCGGCCGACGCUGCGCUCCUCCACGAGCUACCGGAGGACGACGCAUGCUGCUCCAUGAAAGGAGUCGAGAGGAUCGAGCACACCACCGGUCUCCGAUUCUUCGACAAGGCCGCCGUCGUGACGGCCGGAGACGACGAUGAGCGCAAUCCAUGGAGGCUCUGCGAGGUGACGCAGGUGGAGGAGGUGAAGAUUCUGGUGAGGAUGCUGCCGCUGUGGGCGAGCGUGGCCGUCUUCUACUCCGGGACGGCGCAGAACAACUCGACGUUCGUGGAGCAGGGCAUGGCGAUGGACGGCCGCGUCGGCCCGGUCCGCGUCCCGCCGGCGUCGCUCGUCACCUUCCAGACGCUCACCACCAUCGCGCUGAUCCCGCUCUACGACCGCGCGUUCGUGCCGGCGGCGAGGAGGCUCACCGGGAGGGAGAAGGGCGUCCCCGACCUGGCCAGGGUCGGCGCCGGCCUCGCCGCGCUCGUGCUCGCCAUGGCCGCCGCGGCGGCGGUCGAGACGGCGCGCGCCGCCGCUCGGGGCGGGGCGGCGGCGACGAGCAUCCUGUGGCUGGCGCCGCAGUACGUGCUGCUCGGCGUCGCCGAGCUGCUCGCCUCCGUCGGGCAGCUGGAGUUCUUCCACAGCCAGGCGCCGGCCGGCAUGAAGACGGUGUGCACGGCGCUGGGGCUCCUCGCCAUCGCGGCGGGGGACUACCUGAGCUCCCUCGUCGUGACUGCCGUGUCGUGGGCGACGUCGGCGGGCGGGCGGCGGGCGGGGUGGAUCCCCGACGACCUCGGCGAGGGGCGCCUCGACCGCUUCUUCUGGCUGAUGGCGGCGCUCGGCUGCCUCAAUCUCGUGGCGUUCACGGCCUGCGCCGUCAGGUACAGCUACAGGUCCAGGAAGGCUUGCUGACCUUUCUGGCCAUGGCUCUGUUCGGGAAAGUUUGAAUUCUGAGAAACAGUUGUUUGCUAGGUAACUUUUGAGAAUAUGGAAAAGCUUCUAAAACCAGUUUCUGGAU